CAAGACCACUACGACACCCCACCUGAGCUGGACAACUGACUGGCCUACUAUUUUCAAUCAGACGGUAUGACGGUCCUGACAAUGCUCCAAAACUGCACAGAUCCCGACUGCGGCCCGUCACUCAAAACUGAAUCGUAGCUCCGUCGACAAUUCAGUUUGGCUUGGUGGUUUGACGAUUCGAUUCAGUCCGCUUCAAGCUCACAAAUCGAAAGCUCCGAAACAAACAAAGCCAACAACGCGUUCCUCUCUUUCGGGAUAUCCAAUCCAGCAAUUGAUCAAGUUCUUCCAUACGGUAGCCACCAAUACGAUGACCGACUUCCCUUCUUGCAUCCCAAGCAACUGUCCUCACCUUCCAGAGGGACUCAUGCCAGAAGGAUACCACUCAAUUCCUUUGUGUGAAGAAGAAAGCUUUGACCAAGCCAUUGCAGCAGGUCAACUUCCUCCUCCAGGGACUUGGUCUUGGGAGUGGUUCAAAUUUGCAAUUCCAGACUCCAAAUACCAGGACUAUGUGACUGGCACAACUUCUGCCUCCGUCUUCCUUGCCCUCAUCGUUGUAGCUCUCUCCUACCCCGUGUUUAAUAUGUUCUGGACCAAACGAUCAGAGACCUUCCGCGGCCUCUCAAAUGACCAGCAAGUUGUUGUCAUCCAACACACAAUUGAGGCCUUCUACUUGACUCUUGCUUUCCCUGUGUUGACAUGGGCAAUGCUCAGUGCAAACUUUCAAGUGCCCUUCUCUGCUGAUUAUCUUUCAAUUGUGAGCAACAUCAUUGGUGGUUACAUGGUCUGGAUUGUCCAUGUCUACGUCAUGGAAAUUGUUGGGCGCUACAGAACAAUCCGCCCACUCGUUUUGGUCCAUCAUCUCUGUGCUGCUGGCGAUGCCCUCUUGCCCCUCUAUGUCAUGUCAGCCAUCAACAUUAGGUGUGCCGCUGUUCUGACCUACUUCAUUGCAUGGGAGGCACCUGUCUUCAUUGGACUGUUCAUGUACAGGCUCUAUCCCCUCAACAAAUGGACUCCAAGAAUCAUUCGUUUCAGCAUGUGGACGUUUGGUCUCUCACGUCCGGUCCAGAUGGCAUGGAUCUUGGCACUUGUCAUUGUCCACUGGGAGAACAGUGUUGCAUGGCAUGCCAUUACCCAGGUUUGCUUUGGAGUGUUGUUCUCCUCGUUGCAGCUUUACACACUGGUAAUCCACAACGCUUUACUCAAGAAGUGUCUCAAAAUGCAACGGGGGAGUACCGGUACCUCUGUUGUCAAGGAACUAAGUCAAGAAGUUCCUGAUGACGCAAGCAAGUCAACUAGCGGAGGAUCUGCUCAACUGCCCCCCGACGAAGGAGACUACGUCGAUUGCUAGCUAGCAAGCUCGUGAUCGAACUGAUUUCUAAUAUAAAAAGUUUUGUACAAACACCACCCAGG